UUUGUUUUCCUUUUUGAGGUUAUGUGUAUUUUGAUUUUUUAUAUAAGAUGAAUUUGCAAUCUGUGGAUGAGUACAACUUAGAGUUAAUAGACCCACAAACAAAUAAACAUUAUAAUGUUAUUGUAAAUCAUGAUGAUUACGUAAGGGCACAAAAUGAUGAGAAGUUUCUUGGCAGCCUUUUAUUUCAUGCCAAAACAAAUGCAAACUGUGAGUAUGUAACUACACAAAGAACCGAAGAAAAUCAAUUCGAUGAGGGAAAUGUUUCAAAAGGAGGAAAUGUGUGGUCAUAUCAAGCUACAGUAGAUCUCAUUCAUGCAAUGAAUGUACAUAAGGAUGAUCUCAAUCAUCCAUUAAAGCGUAAACAUGUGUAUGAGCAUAUUUGUAACGAUAUGUUAAGUUCCGGCCAUAAUAUUACAGAAGUAAUGGCAAGAAACAAAUGGAAAAGUCUGUGCCGUAGUUACUCAAAAGCUAAAGAUAAUCGCAAUCGUACCGGACAGGCUCCAGCUCGCUUUUUAUUUUUCGACUUGAUGGAUGAUGUUUUAGGAGAUAAACCCACAAACAAUUGCCAACAUUCAAUUAAUUCUAAUAACGCUCCCCUUACGGACCUUACAAAUAGUGAAUCUACUGAACAGCCUAUUGUAGCUGAAACUGAUGAACACGUUGCCAGUGAAAGCGAGAAGAAAACAAAAGCAUCGGCUAAAACAUCUCUCGUAGAAUAUAUUAAAUUAAAAAGGGAAGAAUGUAAGGCGAAGAAGCAACGACAUGAAGAAAGAUUAAAAAUGCAACAAGAGAUAAUUGACUUCCACGAGAAUGAACCGCCAUUAUUUGUGAUCGGUUUUAUUAAUUUGUACAUGUUUUUUUGGUUACAUAUUUUGUACCUUGUAAGAAAUAAAAGUUUUAUUUUAUUGCAUAUCACAUUGGGUUAUUUGUAUACAUUUCACAAAAGAUUUGUUGUUGCCGAGAAGUAUUGGUCGGUUCUGCGAUAG